UUUUAGCAUUGCAAGAAAGAAAUAAAGAUGGGAUCCUCACCAGCGGUUUCCAAUGCCGUGUUCAAGGAGAUUUCUCGCAGAGCCGUCCCCAUCUCCCUCCACAAUCCAGCUCGUGAUCUUGCGCCUCUCAUCGAACGCAUCGCCAAGGCCAAGGUGGUGAUGCUCGGCGAGGCCACGCACGGGACACACGAGUUCUACGAGUGGCGUCGCAUCAUCUCCGAGAUCCUCAUUGCCCACCACGGCUUCACCACCCUCAGCAUCGAAGGCGACUGGCCACCGUGCCAAGAAGUCAACCGCUUCAUCACCAAAAAGGGGAGUUCUUCCGCCUCUAGUGCCGAGGAGCUCCUUGCAAAGUCAUUCAGGCGAUGGCCGACUUGGAUGUGGGCCAACGACGAGUUCCGGGCGAUGGUGGAGUGGAUGAAGGAGUUCAACAGCACCCGACUGGACCGUGAGUCUCAGGUUCGUCUCUUCGGUCUGGAUGUCUACUCGUUGUUCGACUCCAUCGCGAUUGUUCUGGACGAAGUGGCCAAGAUUGACCCCGAUCUAGCUGAGAAAGCUAAGCAUCACUACGCAUGUUUCGAUCCCUUCCAGGCAAACGAGGAAGAGUACCUGGAGUCCUUGGUGGAGUUCCCGGAGGGAUGCCAGGCCGAAGCUCUCAGAGUUCUCAAGGAUCUUCUGAAGAAGAGGAUCGACGAAGAGACGGCAGCAGCGGAUGGCGAUGUCGUGUUUGAUGCGCAACAAAACGCCAGGAUCGUCCGGAACGCCGAGAGUUACUAUCGAGCAAUGGUGUAUGGAAACGAGGACUCGUGGAACGUCCGCGAGAGCCACAUGAUGGAGACACUGGACCUGCUGCUGAAGACGAGGCCUCACAACAAACUCAUUGUCUGGGCUCACAACACCCACAUCGGAGACUACCGCGCCACAAACAUGCGUAAGAUGGGCCAGGUGAACAUCGGCGGCCUGGUUCGUGAGAAAUACGGUGAAAGUCAGGUAGCACUCGUAGGAUUCGGUACCUUUAAAGGCUCGGUCAUUGCUUCGUCCAAGUGGGCUGGUCCCAUCCUGCAACUUCGUGUUCCGGAGGGCCGAGAUGGCAGCUACGAGAUGAUAAUCCACGAGGCGGCUCAGCAGGAGAAAAUUCCCGGCGACGCUUUCUACCUCCUGCUUGACGAUUCUGAGGCAAGAAAAAUCCAGCACUGUCUAUCAGAAUGGAGAGGCCAGAGGGCCAUAGGCGUGGUAUAUGAUCCAAAGAAAGAAAAGUGGGGAAAUUACGUACCAACAAUGUUGGCAAAGAGGUACGAUGCUUUCAUCUAUAUUCACGAGACCAAGGCGUUGAGGCCCCUUGGCGCGACGCCUGACCUUCACGUGCUUCCUGAAACUUAUCCGAGUGGUCAGUAGAAUGAGAAUUCUGAAAAAACGCAAAACAGGAGUGUGUGUAUUUAACAAAAGCUUGUCUUUGAGGUUUUUCCAUACCGUGAAAUGGAGUUCUCUCUUUUUUUGCUA